UAUUCCACAGACUCGUUUAUCUGGAACGUUGAGAUUAGUUCUAAAUCCACUGAGCUAUACUUAAAACCUGGUCAACUGUAAACUACUGCGUCACUUCUGUUACUUGUGUCACCAGUUCAGUUUGUGUCUCAGGUCUUCUGUUGUAAAUAUGGAGAAUUUUUAUUGUUACCAUCAACCCUACUAUUACUAUCAAUACUUUUGAUAGGUUAUUUUUCACACAGCUUACAUGCAUAGCAAGAGCCAAGGGCGAUUUUUUUCACCGUCUCAUUGGAUACAGUUGAAAAGACAACAAAUGAAACCUGUUCUCUUGGUCGAUUUGAAAGCAAGCACUUACUUCCCUUGUUGGCAACAAAAAGAAACAAGGUUCGCCUAAAAUCUUUUUCGGUGAGAUUCAUAAAUGGAUCUUAAGAUUUAAUACCAGCUCAAGCCACAAGGUGAAGCUACAAAUGCACUCUCAUAAUGACGUUUACUAGUACUGCUAGUGUCCUGUUUGUUACUCAGCCUCCAACAUCACGAACACAAGUUAUCUCAGGCUCCUCCCAAAUAACCAAAGAUGGAUCACUACCUAAUUUCUUACAAAACCACAGAACUCCAUCCUCAGGAGUUUGAAUGUUCCUUCUUUGAUGCACCAAUGUUAAAGAAAGAUUGUUUUAGUCAUUUCGUAAAUCUGGAGGAUUUGUUGGUUGAUAACCUCGAAUCCAAACCGCUCAAAACUGUCCAUGUCCAGGAAGGGAAUGACUUAGAAAAUUAUAAUGAUCCAAAAAAAGGAAACAUCCUAAAUGAAAGCCUACAGUCUCAAAGGUGGGUGGACAAUGAGUUGGACUUGUCACUACUAGAAGACAUAGAACCCCUGGUGACGCCUACACCUACCACUAUAGCGGAAGCCAUCAUCUAUCCACAGACAUCCAUACCCUGUGAGCCACCCAGCAUAAACACCAGUUUUAUAAUGCCGUCUGUUCCUCAGUCACAUGGUUUUUCACGUAUUCAAGCCCCAACAGACAAUUAUGGGUUUCUCGUGGAAACACCUCCUGACUCACCUGUUAGUCAAGUGCCAGAUGUUUUGGGAUUUUCAAGGAUACUAGAACAUCCAAAAAUGUAUCAUUGGGAUAACUGCGGAAGUUUAAGGGGUCAAACAUUACCAAAUCUACCUUCAUCUUGGAAUCCUUCACCAUCUUACUCUUCCGGGGCACCUUCCCCAACGCCUUCCGUGUUGCAUCAAAAUACUCCUUUCUUCUGUCACUCUGGUUAUGCAGAUCUCUCUAGAAUUUCUCUCCAAGAACCUAGUACCGCAGGGAUCUUGGACUUCAAAAGUCCUAAAAAUUUGUGUGGUUUUGAUAGCUUCGAUGUUUCCAACACAAGCCAAAUGGAAGCUGGCAAGCUGAUUCAGCCCACGGAGGAUACAAUAUUUCCCAGAUAUUCCGAGAUCCAGGAAAGUGAAAAUGUUGUAUCUCAUGGAACUAUCUUUUCAACCUCUCCCAACUAUUUAGAUCUACCCUCGACAACUCGACGACAACGCACCAAAACAAAAUACUUACAGAACGACUACAUAACUAAAAUACUACACAAUGAGACCAGAAAAGAUCGCAAGAAACUUCAAAAUAAAGAAGCUGCAACCCGUUACCGAAUAAAAAAACGUGAGGAAGCCCAGUGGUUACAAGAUGAGGAGAACGUGUUGGCAAUGAAGAACAGAGAACUGAGGAACAAGGUGAAGAAGAUAAAGACUGAGAUAACCUACCUGAAAAAUCUUACAAAAGAAAUCCUUAAAGUCAAUAGAGGAUUUGUAUAAGCUCAUAAUCCAUGUGUUUCAUCAAAAUCAUUAUUCGGUUUAUACGUGUCACAACAAAACGUUCAUAACAAUUUAAACGACUCUAGCGCCAGUUAGUUCGUCGUAAUUAUUUGCAUUUCUUGGAGUAGUUGUGUCAGUAAAAUUGAAAAUAAAAGACUGUGGUAAUACAGAGUACACAUAUUGAUUAUUCGAGUGAGCUUUUCCUUAUGUGAUGGUUUUCUUGUAUAUUGACAUUGAAAAAUGGAGUAACUUAUUACAAGAAACCGCAGCAAUAAUAAUAAUACUUAUAUGAGACAAUC